CCUGCACACCUGGCAGAGCUGUUAGCCUCACCUGCUCAGAGCCUGUCAGGCUGGUGGGAGGAUCCAGUCGCUGUGAAGGAGACCUGGAGCUGACAUAUCAGGGAGAAUGGAGACCAUUGGAUGUUCUUUAUGAGUGGUGGACCCUGAAGGAAGUAGCAGUCGCCUGCAGAGAUCUUGACUGUGGCUCUGCUGUUUCUGUAGGAGGGAGAGAGGAGUCCUCAGAGAGACCUGUUUGGGGGAUCUUUCCUCUCUGUCUUCAGUCUGGAUCUGCUCUGAGGGAGUGUGCAGUAUCAGCUACCUCUACUCACAUCCUGAAUCUCACCUGCUCAGGACUCCAGGCUGAAGGAGCAAUCAAACCACCAGAGUCUGUCAGGCUGGUGGGAGGAUCCAGUCGCUGUGAAGGAAAACUAGAGCUGAACUAUUGGGGAGAAUGGAGACCAGUGCAUUAUCCUAUUGAGCACUGUACCCUGAAGACAGCACAAGUUUUCUGCAGAGAUCUCGACUGUGGCUUUGCUGUUUCUCUAGUACGCAGAACAGUGUCCUCAGACAGACAUGUGUGGGGGAUCAGUCCUGACUGUCUUUAUUCUGGAUCUGCUCUGAGGGAGUGUGCAUUAUUAGAUUACUCUUCUGCCUCCCUGGAUCUCACCUGCUCAGACUCUGUCAGGCUGCUGGGGGAGACUGGUCUGUGCUCAGGCAGACUGGAGGUGAACUCUGACCCGUCUGACCCGUCUGACCCGUCCAACCCGUCCUGGUCCUCAGUGUAUGAGGCUGACUUUGACCAGCAGGAUGCUCAGGUGGUCUGCAAGCAGCUCGGCUGUGGGGCUCCUUCAGUCCUCCAGGGGGCGCUCUAUGGAGAAGGGGAGGCUCCAAUGUGGACCAAAGAGUUCCAGUGUGGAGGCCAUGAGUCUGCUCUCCUGGACUGUAGCUCAGCCUCAGAGAGAAACACCUGCUCACCUGGCAGAGCUGUUAGCCUCACCUGCUCAGAGCCUGUCAGGCUGGUGGGAGGAUCCAGUCGCUGUGAAGGAGACCUGGAGCUGAAAUAUCAGGGAGAAUGGAGUCCAGUGUAUGCUUUUUAUGAGCCCUGGACCCUGAAGGAAGCAGCAGUCGCCUGCAGAGAUCUCGACUGUGGCUCUGCUGUUUCUCUAGGAGAGAGAGAGGAGUCCUCAGAGAGACCUAUUUGGGGGAUCUUUCCUCUCUGUCUUCAGUCUGGAUCUGCUUUGAGGGAGUGUGCAGUAUCAGCUACCUCUACUAACAUACUGAAUCUCAUCUGCUCAGACCUGCUUCAGCCCAACAUCUCUGUGUCCUCCUCCAUGUACGGGGUCUCCGGGGCCCAGCAGCAGGGGUUCCAGGUGUUCAGAGGCUCCACCUUCAGCAUCAGCUGCUCCAUCCAGCCUCAGUACCCAGGAGGCUCCUUCCUGCUCAGCUCCUCCACUCACACCUACACCCAGCCAGCUGUCAAUCACCGCUCCCACUUCCUGUUCCCGGCUGCAGAGCCCGCCCACCAGGGAAACUACAGCUGUGUUUAUCACGUGUUGGUUCGCUCUCAUAGCUUCUGCUCUGAGAGCCGUCUGCUGUCUGUCACUGUCUCAGAUCCAGAACCGUUUAUCAUCCGAGCCGUCGUCCUGCCGCUGACUCUGCUGCUGCUGGUGACCGUCGGCGUUUACUUCUACUGUAAGGCCACCAGGGGGCGGAGGCCGAGCCGACAGGAGGACAUUGAGCUUGAUUAUGAUGACAUUGAGCUGGAAUACGAUGACCUGGGUGUUCCUGCUGAAGAGGAAGGAGCUCCGGGAGCGGAGUAGCAGCUCCAAAGACCUCCUCUCACACACA